AUGGAUGAUAUCCAUAACACCCAAAAAGACCCAGAUGUCUUCAUCUCGCCCACCCUCGAACCAGGCCCUGCGCUCCCCAAAGUCGGAGACCGCACACCGCGUAUCGUCCACGAUGAAGAGGCCCAGAAUCUACGCAAGGGGUUGCAGGAGCGCCAUACCCAGAUGAUAGCCAUCGCGGGCGCCAUUGGAACCGGCCUCUUCCUCGGUCUAGGCAGCUCGAUCCAAACCGGUGGCCCGCUCGGCGCUCUACUCGGUUAUCUACUGAUCGGCCUGGUGGUCUGCGCGGUGCAAAUCGCCCUAGGCGAAGUGUCAGCCCUGAUGCCCGUGACCGGCUCUUUUGUCCGACACGUCGAGCUGCUCGUCGAUCCGGCUCUCGGGUUCGCAAUAGGCUGGAACGUCGUCUACGGUUGCUUCAUGUCCGUGCCCAGCGAGAUCUCCGCAGCUGUCGUCCUAAUCCAGUACUGGAACGACACCCUCAAUCCCGCUAUCUGGGUGACGAUCCUGAUCGUCAUCUCGGCAAUCGUCUCGUUCCUCUUCAUCCGAGUCUACGGAGAAGUUGAGUUCGUCUUCGCCAUCCUCAAGAUCCUCCUCAUCAUCGGCAUCAUCCUCAUGGGCUUGGUGAUCGACCUCGGCGGCGUCUCGGGUACUCCACGUCUCGGAUUCCAUUACUGGAAAGACCCCGGCCCGUUCGUGGAAUACAUCGCCUCGGGCCCGUGGGGCCGAUUCCUCGGUUUCUGGGCCGUCACGACAAACGCAGUUUAUUCCUUCUCCGGGGUGGAAAGUCUAACCAUCGCGGCAGCGGAAAUGGCGAAUCCAAGACAGAAUAUCCCCCGCGCGUGUAAACGCGUCUUUGCGCGCGUUACCAUCUUCUACUUUUUGGCUGUGCUAAUCGUGGGGAUGAUAGUCCCUAGUAACGAUCCCCGACUGGGAAAUGAAUCUGGCACGGCCGCGCAGAGUCCGUUCGUAAUUGCGGCUUCCGAUGCGGGGAUCAAAGUAGUGCCUUCUAUUAUCAAUGCCGUGGUGUUGACGUCUGCGUGGUCAGCGUCAAAUCAGAGUAUCCUGGCUGGAACGCGCACGUUGUAUGGUCUUGCGCUGAAGGGCCACGCACCGGCGGUGUUUCUGCGCACAACGAGGCACGGUGUGCCGUAUGCUUGUGCGGUGGCGCAGAUUUCUGUGUCCGCGUUGGCGUACCUUACGUGUCAGAAUGAGGCAUAUACGGUUUUCAAUUGGUUGUUGGAUUUGACGGCAGCGGGGGUGUUGAUCUCGUGGGGGACGAUUGCGUUGAAUCAUAUUAGGUUGAUGAGAGGGUUCAGGGCGCAGGGAUUGGAUACGGCGGAAAUGCCGUGGCAUCAUUGGUGGUCUGUGUAUACAUCCUGGUUUGCUCUGGUGAUGUGUGUGAUUGUUUUGUUCACGGGCGGGUUCACGGUGUUUACUCAUGGCAAUUGGGAUGCUUCGAGCUUCGUGUCGUCGUAUUUGGACAUUCCGCUCGUACUGGCUUUCUAUCUGGGCUAUAAGUUCUACCGCAAGACAGAGAUGGUAUCGAGUUAUGAGAUGCCGCUGGAGCAGGCUCUGCUCGAGUGUCGGAACGACCCAGAUAAUGUAGGUCAGGUUAUCCCACAAAACUACAUCAAUAGACUGACACAUGUACCGCACUCAGAGGAAAGUGAUAUAGACCAUCACUGUAUGACAUAUCAUCUGAUAGAUUACGCAAGAGGUAACGCAAAUCCUGAUUGA